CAGCGGCGCGGGGGGCUACACCACACGAUAGGAUAUAGGGCCCAACCUAGAUAUUGCUUCCUGCUAAGUACAUACCACUGCGUCCACACGCAAGAAUUCGGUGAACUGUAUACAAACACCGUUUUCCCUGGCACUGCCGCAGUCCUUCCACCACUGGUCGUUUCUGUUGUCUCUUUGUAAAGCACUUUUCGGGUUCUGUGCACUGUACGCUGACAAUUGGUUUGUUCUGGCGCGUUCCAAACGCAUGUCUAGAGAAAGCGUUGUUUGCUUGUUUCUUAUUGGCAAUUUGGGUAGAAAAACAGGCUUUUAGUCUUCAAGAUGCAGUACAGAGAUCCUUCUUACACGAACAUUCCUUCUUCAUCGAAGAAAAACGAAGAUUACGGUAGUGUACGGUCGGUUUCACGGUCUCCCAUCGUUCCUUUGGGCUUUGAUGAGCGAUACUACGAUCUACAUCCCACUCGUACUGCUCCCAAGCCUCCGACUGCGACUACACGUACGCUUUCGAGUGGAAGCAGUGCAUCGUCGGCAGCAUUGCCAGUGUUUCAGGUGACAGCGAACUCUUCUCGUGUGCCCGGUGCUCGGAAGAAUAGUAUUAGCUCGAUGCGUAAGACACUCUCUACUAGCUCGCAGAACAGCGACUACCACUCUUCCCACAUGGAAGAGAAGAGUCCGAAGAAGACAGCGUUUGGUAGCUUUGUGUCGAGCAUGAGCUCUUUGCUCAGCGGACACAGUUCUGCCUCGUCACAGCGUAAAUCCGGCACAAUUAUCUCCUCACCAUUCGACCCCAAGCAUGUUACGCACGUUGGUUUCAACUACGAAACCGGCGAAUUCACUGGCCUGCCCAGAGAGUGGCAGUCCCUGUUAAGCAGUAGCGGCAUCACCAAGUCUGAGCAGGUUCAGCAUCCACAAGCUGUGUUGGAUGCUAUGGCUUUCUACACCGACUGCCAGAACGCGCAGGACGGCGACAGCAGCCCCAACGGUGUGUCCUCCCUGCACUCAGGUUCGCCGACGCCGACGAUGUCUCGCUCUGCGUCGGCGUCUUCGAACCAUCAUUUGUCGUCGAACGAGGAAAACAACAUAUCUUCUCGCUUUAACACAGCGAUGCAGUUGCAGCCCUCGCGUCCCGCUCCGGCUCCUCCGAAGCCCGGAUCCAUGAGCAGUCGGAUGCAUUCUCCUUCUCCCACCCCGUUUGCGUCGCAAACGCCACGUGAACCCAGCUUGCGUAGUCAUUCGCCCGUUCUCGUGGACCAUAAUGCAUACCCUGCAAAGGCUUCUACCAAGUCUUCUCCGAAGCACUCGCAAGGUGCUCCGUCGACGCACUCAUGGUCCGGUAAGCAACACGGACACACGAGUGCAGAUAUGGCGACGAAGGCCUCGUCAGCGGCUGCUUCGGACUCUUCCCACCACCAUCAUCACACUCAUCACCAUCAGCACAAGACUGGUGCUACGGCUGCUGAUUCUGCCGCUCCUCCUUCUCCCGGAAAGCAGCGGAAGCGCUCCCAGCACCGUGGUGCUAACGAUGCUUUCGUCCUCAAUAAGUUGCAGAGCAUCUGCAAUCCCAAGAACCCCACGCUUCUUUACCGCAGCUUUGUCAAGGUUGGACAAGGUGCUUCCGGUGAUGUGUACUCCGCUCGACAAGUCGGAACUAACUUGUCUGUGGCUAUUAAAAAAAUGAAUAUUAGCCAGCAGCCCAAGAAGGAGUUCAUUGUCAAUGAAAUUCUCGUGAUGCGCUCCAACCGCCACAAGAACAUUGUCAACUUCAUUGACACGUUCUUCUACAAGGGCGAGCUUUGGAUGGUCAUGGAAUAUAUGCGCGGUGGCAGUCUCACAGAAGUUGUUACCAGCAACACCCUUUCCGAGGGUCAAAUUGCUGCUAUCUGCCGUGAGACUCUUGAGGGUCUGCAGCAUUUGCACUCUAACGGUGUCAUUCAUCGUGACAUUAAGUCCGAUAAUGUGCUGCUUUCUCUGCAGGGUGAUGUUAAACUGACUGAUUUUGGUUUCUGUGCCCAGAUUAAUGGAGAGGUUGCCAAGCGUACGACUAUGGUUGGUACGCCUUACUGGAUGGCACCCGAGGUUGUUACUCGUAAGGAAUAUGGUUUCAAGGUCGAUAUUUGGAGUUUGGGUAUUAUGGCUAUCGAGAUGGUUGAGGGCGAGCCGCCUUACCUGAAUGAGAACCCUCUCCGCGCCCUGUACCUUAUUGCUACAAAUGGCACUCCCAAGCUGAGUCAUCCAGAACGUCUUAGCCCUGUCUUUCACGAUUUUUUGUCUUUAUCCCUUAACGUCAAUCCUGACAAGCGUCCUAGUGCCGCUGAUCUUCUGCGCCAUCCUUUCCUUAAAAAAGCCGUUUCACUGUCCUCCCUUUCUCCCCUGAUCAAAUCGAUUCAAAAGCCAAGCAGUCUCAGUUAAGCUUUUGUUUGUGUUGAAUAUAUGUGAAUUGUGGUAUUCAUUUUUCUCAUACACAAAAUAUAGCUUUCCCAAGACGAGUGAACAUGCCUUUUUGUUGACCAAUUCUAAUGAUGGUAUAUGAAAACCUUUUCAGCCUAUUUAUUACUUCGUGUAAUGCCAAACCGCUACUCUGUACACAAAUGAACACUACCAUUUCGCAAUCUCUUAUAUAUAGAUGCAGUAUUGUAAUUAACAUGGGAAUGGCUGCACGCCCUUUGUUAGCCUUUAGCAGCGCCAGACUGCGAAGACUUGGGAAAGAAGACUGGGGGAGGGGGCUACCCCCUAUCCCUGUUCGCUAACUCGUUGGUGUUGUUGUUAGCUUUGUACCCCCGUUAAUACUACACCAAAACCUCACCACCAAAAACACCCCCAU